CUCUUAGUUUCUUCUAGCGGUGUCGCUGUUGUUGUGCACUUAGCCACCACACACUAGUUGUGUUGAUCUCGCUUGGUUGUGCUGCUGACCCUCGGGGAGGGAGGUUGGGACAAAAGCGGAUGCGAACUCAGUAACCCAGCCCAGCUCAGCCCAGCAGUGAGUUGUAUAUUGUAUGAAUGUUGCUUCGCUCUCCGGCUUUAUCUAGUGCCACUAUCUCCACCUCACUGACGCAAUCUAAUCAUACAGUCUUUUCUAUUUGUAGAAGUUAUAAUCACAGUCUUGGCUUGCCCUUUUAAAAAAAAUUUAUAACACACUAGCUUCUUUCAGUGUCAGUAAUGCGCCAAGCUUUCUCCUGCUACAGAGCCUUUGUAACAUGCCAUCUAUCUGGAACGCUUCUGUCUUCCUAGGCCUGUUUAAUUCCUACCUCCAUUAGAUAGCUUCUGUAUUAUCACCUCAGAGAAGCCCUUCUGGACCCACUAAUUGAGGAAAGGAGUUUUGUGGGAUGUUUUGUUUUUGUUUGUUUUGUUAAAGACUCACAAAAAACUGUCCCUUUUCUUCCAAGCACUUAUGUCAGCGUAUGAUUAGACACUCAGCUUCCUGUGGUGUCUGUAGUGAGAGAAACAGAGUCCCAGUUACUGCCAGAUGUGGGAGCUAUUGUAACCUGUAAGGUCUCUAGUAUCAAUUCACGCUUUGCCAAAGUACACAUCCUAUAUGUGGGGUCCAUGCCACUUAAGAACUCUUUUCGAGGAACUAUCCGCAAGGAAGAUGUCCGAGCAACUGAAAAAGACAAGGUUGUUGGUUGAAAUUUAUAAGAGUUUCCGCCCAGGUGACAUUGUCCUGGCCAAAGUGAUCUCCUUAGGUGAUGCACAGUCCAACUACCUGCUAACCACUGCCGAGAACGAGCUGGGAGUGGUGGUAGCCCACAGUGAGUCAGGUAUUCAGAUGGUUCCCAUCAGCUGGUGUGAGAUGCAGUGCCCUAAGACCCACACUAAAGAAUUCCGGAAAGUAGCCCGAGUACAACCUGAAUUCUUGCAGACCUAAGAAGCCACUUUUUACCCCAUGGAAGGGGGUAAGCUGUUCCUGAGUAUAACACCAAGAUGCUGCUAUCUAUUCAAACACCUGGCGUCGGCCAACAGCCACUUCCAGAAAAAUCUGCCAGAAACUUAUGCUGUAGAUGGAACACGUUUCUGUGAACCUAUCAGUGGAUUUCAUUCUCUUGAGUAAUAAAACUUACCUUUUCAAGGCACCAACAAACAAAACUGUGAUAUUGGAAAUAGCCUAUCCCCCCGACAGUCCUUAUAAAUACAUAUUUUUUGUUAUGAUAAAACUUUUUUACUAAAAGGA